AUGAGGAAGUGUGUGGCGUGGCGCGGUUACCAAGCGGAGGCGACGGUGACGGCGGCGGCGUCUGCGGAGCUCAUACGCUGCCGGCCGCCGCUGUCUCCCACGCCACAGCCUGACCUCCCCACCCUGUGGCGGUUACUGCACUCUGCUGGCCAGCAGCAGUGCAACACCAUGAAAGCAACAUGCGACGGGAAGCUGGGCUCGGCGUGCAGCAGGAACCACGAGUGCGCAGUCCGCGUCGCCUACAGCGAGUGCCGCGAGAGGCGCUGCGUCUGCCGCGAGAACCUGCUCGCCUCGGCCGACGAGUCGCGCUGCCUGCCGCCGCUGACGCUGCGCUACCGCUGCGAGGAGCAGGUGCAGUGCGCCGGCGUGCCGCACGCCGCCUGCCUGCCGGACGAGCGCGGCUACCAGCACUGCCUCUGCAAGCCCGCCUUCGUGCUGCACGCCGACCGCUGCCUGCCUAGGGUGACGCUGCGGGACGCGUGCGAGCUGACGGCACAGUGCGGCAAGAACAUGGUGUGCGAGGCCGGCAGCUGCGUCUGCAAGGGGUUCGCCUACGAGCGCCACCGCCAGUGCAUCGUCGACCCAGACGAUUAUGUCGGACUAGACAGUUCAAGUACUCAACUGCUGUCUUCACUUUUCCUGAUAUUAGUCUCUUUACUUCCACUAUUGUGAUGCAGUAAUGUUUCCCAGCACUGGAAAGUGAGAUAAAUCAGUGUACAAGAAUGCUCCAAUAUGUUGUUUGAAAUUUUGUGGAUGCACUGGGAAGAAUUUGGACUAUUCAAAGUGUUUGGUGUGAUACAGACUUUUUUAUUGGCUCUGAGUUUAACAGAGCAUGUAACUGUUGUUUGUAAAGAAAUAUGUGUGAUUUGUAUAUUGUCACAAAGUUUAUAGCCACGUAUUUGUUACUAGUCACUGCCACAAACCACAGAAUAAAUAUACAAGAAUUAAAAUACUUCUAGUUUUUCUACACAAAAUUGUACAUUUUGUAAUGGAGUUGUAAUUCAAACUGAUAUUACCCACAACAAAUAAUAUUUAAUUUAAUUGCAUGAAUAAAAUAUGUAGCUCAAUGCAACUGAAGUUGUAUGUUACUAUUAAUAGAUGUUAUUAUAUCACUUUUGUUGUUGCUCAGUUUUUUAUUUUUCUUAAUUUUAUUCAAUCAAUAUUAGUCAUCAUCUAUUUAUCACUUUGGUCCAACUUUAUAUCUAUCAUGUAGCAUAUACCUUAUUUAUUAUAGAUGCCUUUUUGUUUCUUUUAUAUUGAAUCUAUCAUUUUCAUAAAUUCUUUCCCAUUACAUAAAUCUUUUUUAUGUAAACACUGAAUAACAGAUUUUCAUUUUCAGUGUUUUCACCCCUCAUGUUCUAGUUGUGAUACCAAAGUAUGUAACUAUUUUGACAAUAUGCUAGUCCAUUCCAAAAAGAUAUUUUCCUUUGUCAACUAAUUUUUUCCUGAUGUAUAGAAGGUGGUGCUUCACCAAUGUCCCAUUGCUACACUCAGUAGUUCAGUUCCAUCUCUGUUAGAAUUAAGUUCUUGUAUUCACUGCUAAUUAUUGCAUGUAUACUUCUUAUUUCUUUACAUUCUCUCCUGUAUACCUUCUUGUGUUACUGGUAUGUUUAAGCUUGUUACUGAUGUAGUCAUGUGUUUAUGAGAAUGGUUUCAUGUACAUGUUUAUCAUUUUCCUGAUAAAAAUUUUGUGUUUGAUCAAAUUUUUUCACGACAAA